GACAGAAGGCUUAAGGAAUUUCUAUAUAAAAUUGGUUUUUAUUCUUUUAAAUUUUAGAAGAUAUUCCAAUCAGAUGCAAAAAUUCGCUUAACGUUCAGGGGGCUCUGCAGUAUGCAACGAAUGAAAUAAAUGGACGCAUUAGGACUGUUUUUUAUCGCUGAACUAGUGUACACUUAGGGAACAUAAAAAGAAAUAGAUAUACAUCUAGGAGUUAGUGAAAGGGAGAGAAGAAGAGAAUAAGUGCAAGUUAGUGCAGCCAGUUCAGCAUUAGAAAACAAACCUAUUGAUUGCACUCUAGGUGUAUACGACGCAGGAAACAAAUUUGGGAUGUUUUGGUAGCAAAAGAAAGCUACAAUCAAGUGAUAGUUUUAUUAGUAAAAGUUUACUAAGUUCGGAAAUGUUACAGUGUAGGUGAUAUUCAGCAAUUUGAGCGAAAGGUAGUACCGCGAAAAUGACUCCAAAACGCAAGACGACGAGUUCUGAAUCUUCGUCGACAAGCAGCUCUGGUUCCUCGUCAAGUAGUUCUUCAAGUUCGGAUAGCGAAUCUAGUUCAUCUGAUUCAGAAAACUCCAGUAGUUCUGGCAACAGUCAGAAGGUAUCUGAUACUGAUAGAACUAAGAAGAAACCACCAUUUCCAGCAACACGUCAUGUCAGAUCCAAGACUGAAACAGUUCCUAUACAACCUCUGGAGAAAAAUAAAGACAGGCAACCACCGAAGCCUAGGUCAGUUGUAUAUUCUUCUGAAUCUGAAGAAUCACCCAGCAAAACAAAAUUGCCGCAAAAGAGAAAACCUCCGGCUAAACCAAAAGCUACUGCUACGGUAGCACCAGUUGUUAAAACACAGAGACUUCCUGCAAAAUUGACAGCAGCACCAGCACAGCAUAAAAUAGGACCUGCUUCGAAACCAGUCAACAGCAAAGCCAAUAAAUUUUCUGGUACCACAAGUGCUAAUGGAAAAGCCCCUGAAAAAUCUGGAAAAACAUCGGAACCAGUACAAAAAAGAUUAAAAAAGAAGAGUAUAUUCAGUCCUGAAAACAGCAGUGAGAGCGAAAGCGAAGAGAGAGUCGCCACAAAAGUUAAUACAAUAAAGCCAACCAACAGCUCUGUAAAAUGCUCGAAAAAUCCACCAGCUAAAACCAAGAUAAAUGAUACCAAGCAAAAGCCUGCAGUUGCAAGCAGACCUGUUGCAAAACCCACACAACUACAGAGAUCGGAUAGCUCCGCGAGUUCCAAAAGUUCCGCAUCCUCGGCUAGCACAGACAGCAGUUCUGAUUCGGAAUCGUCCGAAAGUAUCACCAGUACUCAACCUUCACCGAAGAAAAAGGAGACGCAAACAAGCAGUACACUGACGAAUACUAUUAUAACGAGUGUACCACCUAAGAGGCCUUCCGCAACAGUCGCCCCAGUAAAAGCUCAGAAAUGUACGAAACGACAAAAUGCUGUCAAGAGCGAAGACGAUGGAGAUGCGUCUGCAAGCGAGAAAGAGGUGGACGAUCACGGAAAAGUGAACAAUUUGAAAACACCGACUAAGGGUAAGCGAAAAUUGCAGACGCGCAAAGGAAGUAAAUUACUCCAACUGCAAACGAAAGCAGCCAGUGAUUCUGAAUCUGACACAGAGAGCAAGAGAAGCGCCAGCAAAUCCCCUGUCAAACGUGCUGGGCCAUCCACAGGUCCUAGGCAGCCUUUAGUUGCCAGCAGGUCGACCCAGAGCAGUGGUACUACCGUCAACACUACUGGUAACAGAACGAAUCAAGCUCCUUACAAUCGAGCACGCGCGACGAAGGAGCGGGAGUGUCCGCUAGCUGCAACCUGCGACUCGCGGGGCCAUCUUUCUGGCAAGCUCGACUCGCAUUUCACCCUGGACGCGUGUCCGUUGUAUCACAACACGACGCCGCAAACUUGCUUGGAGUUUUAUAAGGAGAGAAAGAAACGGGAAGAGGAGCGUAAGAAAUCCGUGGCGAAUCUAGCCAAGAAAUCACCCAAAGGUGUACAUCAAACAACCGAGCAACGCAAUUAUCAGCUUAAGGUGCGAGAAAUGAGGAACAAGUGGAAGGCCGGUGACGGUAACGACAGCGACAGCGGUAGUGAGAUGCAGGGGAACGAGAAAGACAGGCAGCCUCGGUUGAAUAACCUCACACCCGAUUACGACUUGAAACUAUUCAUGGAGGCUCAAGCGAUAGCGAGCGAAAAAAUCGAAAAGGAAUUGAAAGAACUGGAUUACGAUGGCGAAGGUAGGAACGGCGGCGGCACACGGGUCGUGGAAAUGGGAAAAUGGGAGAUGGAGGUAUGGUAUCAGAGCCCGUAUCCCGAGGAAUUCAGUCGUGCUCCGAAGCUAUAUCUCUGCGAAUACUGCUUGAGGUACGCGAAGAGCCGGCAAGUGCUAAGAAGACACAGGGAGAAAUGUUUGUGGAGGCAUCCACCGGGGCAUGAAGUGUACAGAAAGGAUAAGAUUGGCGUGUGGGAAGUGGACGGCAAACGCUACAAGCAAUAUUGUCAGAAUCUCUGUUUACUAGCCAAAUUCUUCUUGGAUCAUAAAACGCUGUAUUAUGACGUGGAGCCGUUUCUCUUCUACGUCAUGACCAUCGGUGAUUCUGAGGGUUGUCAUACAGUCGGAUAUUUUAGCAAAGUGAGUACAGAGUUUCUAUCGCUGUCGUUAACUGAUGCUCAUUUCUUUUUUUGUCGAAACGAGAUGCGAGCGGACGCGGCAUGUGAAUCUCUUAUACGACUUCGUUUAGAAAUGUUUUAUUGCUAUUUUAAGGCAAUCGCAAGCGAUUCGAUCGAUGUAGGACAAGCUUGCGCACGGAACGAUAUUAAAAGACGCAAUUGGAUACAAAAUAUCGCGAGACUGCUUCAGUUCCACAUGAUAUCGCGAUAAGUUUUCUCUCGACCUCGUCGUCGACAAGUUUUAAUCUCGCGUUACAACUCUGGAUUCCGGCGUCUGGGGCCGGCGUCUGCCGGUCUGUCACCUGAUUCAGACUUAAUUCAGCUUAGCGGUUCGCUGAAAUCCUUGUAUAAGCGCGUUCGCGUCACGCACUUGGGUGCUAAACGCAACGGUGAUAAAGUUGCACGCGAGAUCCUCACGUGAAACAAAUGGAACCGGUCGAAAUCGGACUAUGCCACGUUUAGCGUCGUAAACGAAGCACGAGUACGAACCGUGGCGAACAGCUGAGCAGCUGAAUCGUCGAGUCGUCGAAAAAUAAGAUCAAGCGUAGCGUAAAAGAAACACCGCGCGCGAUGCGGACUGUUCGCUCGCUCUCGGCCUCGCGUAAAGUCGAGUCCCGGACUCGGACAGCCGGCAACGGGGAGUGGCAUUAAUGCUCGGCACGUGUGUUUACAGGCACGGUCGUGCAUGCACGUAUUGUCGGUUGGCCUCUCUCUCUCUCUC